AUGGCCUCGCUGGACCUGCCCUACCGGUGUCCGCGGUGCGGGGAGCACAAGCGCUUCCGCAGCCUCUCCUCGCUGCGGGCGCACCUGGAGUACAACCACACCUAUGAGACCCUCUACGUCCUCUCCAAGACCAACAGCAUCUGCGAUGCUGCCGUCUUCCCCCUGGCCACCGACGGGUCCCUGCUGACGCCGGCUGCCCGGCGGGACUACUUUGAGAGCACCUCCUUCCAAGGCAAGGACCAGCGCUUCUCCUGUGACCUUGUCCCUGCUGAGGAGCUGGAGCCGGCCCCGUCCUCCUCCCCCUCGCCCCGCUAUGUCCACGAGAUCGAGAUCCCGCUGACGGAGAUCUUCACCCGGGGCAAGGCCGUGGCGCCGGCCCCCACGCCACCGGCCACUAUGGACGCUGCCUACGAGGAGGGCUUGGCCCGCCUGAAGAUCCGCGCCUUUGAGACGCUGGAGGUGGACAAGCGGCUGGAGAAGCUGACGGAGGAGGUGGAGCAGAAGAUCGCCUCGCAGGUGGGCCGGCUCCAGGUGGAGCUGGACCGCAAGAGCUCGGAGCUGGAGAAGGCCAAGCAGGAGAGCCUGCGGCUCAGCCGGGAGAAGCAGGAGCUGGAGGACCGGGCGUCUGAACUGUCCCGCCAGGUGGACGUCAGCGUGGAGAUGCUGGCCUCCCUCAAGCAGGACCUGGUGCAGAAGGAGCAGGAGCUCACCCGCAAGCAACAGGAGGUGCUGCAGAUCGACCAGUUCCUGAAGGAGACGGCCGCCCGCGAGGCCAACGCCAAGGUCCGUCUCCAACACUUCAUCGAGGAGCUGCUGGACCGGGAGGACCGGAGAGACCGGCACCCGGGGCCGGGGGCAGCCGCGCACGGUCCCUACGGCGUCUCCAACCAGCGCUCCUCCUCCAGCACCGGGGGCCGGCUGGGGAGGGCCACCCCGGGCCACUCCAGCGAGGUCAUCAGCCCCGAGAUCCUCAAGAUGCGAGCGGCUCUUUUCUGCAUCUUCACCUACCUGGACACCAAGACCCUGCUGCGGGCGGCCGAGGUGUGCAAGGACUGGAAGUUCGUGGCCCGGCACCCCGCCGUGUGGACACGGGUGUUGCUGGAGACAGCCCGGGUGUCCUCCAAGUUCCUGGCCAUGCUGUCUCAGUGGUGCACCCAGAUGCACUCCCUCACCCUCCAAAACCUCAAGCCGCGCCAGCGAGGGAAGAAGGAGAGCAAGGAGGACUACAUGAAGAGCACGCGGGGUUGCCUGGAAGCCGGGCUGGAGUCCCUGCUGAAGGCGACGGGCAGCAACCUGCUCAUCCUCCGCAUCUCGCACUGCCCCAACGUGCUGACGGACCGCUCGCUCUGGCUGGCCAGCUGCUACUGCCGGGCCCUGCAGGCUGUCACGUACCGGAGCUCUACGGACCCCGUGGGUCAUGAAGUCAUCUGGGCCCUUGGAGCAGGUUGCAGGGACAUCAUCUCCCUCCAGGUUGCACCUCUGCAUCCGUGCCAGCAGCCGACGCGUUUCAGCAACCGUUGUCUUCAGAUGAUCGGCCGGUGCUGGCCGCACCUGCGGGCACUGGGCAUUGGAGGAGCAGGCUGUGGCGUCCAGGGACUGGCGUCCUUAGCCCGAAACUGCAUGCGGCUUCAGGUCCUGGAGCUGGACCACGUGGCGGAGAUCAACCAGGAGGUUGCAGCAGAGAUGUGUCGAGAGGGGCUGAAGGGGCUGGAGAUGCUAGUGCUGACCUCCACACCGGUCACCCCCAAAGCCCUGCUGCACUUCAACAGUGUGUGCCGGAACCUGAAGUCCAUCGUCGUGCAGGUGGGCAUUGUGGACUACUUCAAGGAGCCCCACAGCCCUGAAGCCAAGAAGAUGUUUGAAGAAAUGGUGAACAAGCUCCAGGCCCUGAGGAAGAGACCCGGCUUCUCCAAGAUUUUACACAUCAAAGUGGAAGGAGGCUGUUAG